AAGCAAACCCAGAUCGUCGCUUCAGUCCGGUCUGUCAAGCUCGAGCAUGUGCAAGGUCAUCAACACGGUCCGGUCGCUCGCCUGGCUGCGCCGCGCCGUGCGGCGGUGGCGCUCCCGAGCGGCGGACUCGGUGCGGCCCAACAAGGAUGUGCUCGAGUUGGACGCCGCGGUGCCGGCGGGGCACGUGGCGGUGCGCGUGGAGGGCCGCGGCGACGGGGAGCCGUCGUCGAGACGGUUCGUUGUGCCGGUGGCUCAGCUGAGCCACCCGGCGUUCUGGGAGCUGCUCCGGCAGGCGGAGGAGGAGUAUGGCUUCACGUCGGCCUCCGGCCCCCUCACGCUCCCCUGCGACGAGGACCACCUCCGCGACGUCCUCCGCCGCGUCUCGUCCUCCGACUCCGAGGAGCGCGGCUGCUUCCGCCGCCGCGGUGCCAUCGCGGCGCCGCACGAUGACUCGCGGCCGCUGCUGCAGGGGGUGGCCGUGAAGAAGCUCGUCUCGUGAUCGAUCAUCGGUCGAUCGUUCGUUCGUAGAAGCGGGAUAGCCGUGCUCAUUUGCUCCUUUUCAUGCAAGCCGGAAGCAGCAGCCAGCAUUAGUACAACGACGCGCGCGCCCAUGCCGCGGCGCCGUGCCAUCCAUGGCGCUGAGUGCGCGCGAUGAAACCGGCAAGACAGUUGCACUGACAAAGCGCCCCGAUGCUACUGCACUAUCACCGCAACAGUCGAGCUGGCAUUUUACAAAAUGUACAUAUUUUCUUGUCCUAGAAAUUAAAUGUAUAUAUUUGUGUCC